AUGUACUGGUCUCUGUACAAGCCAACAAGCCACCAUGCACAACACACUACUACUGCUGCCCUUCACCUGUCGCCGUCCUUCCACGUCUACCUGUCCUUGGCACAUGCUGCCACUCGAUGCGACAACAUCAGGGAACAUCACGGACACAGGGAGUACUUUCCGUACCCACGUACACCGUCAAAAUGUCAGAACAACUAAAUCUCAUUCCUCCUGUCGUGCCAAACAUAAAUGAUGUAUUAUGCACGAAAUGAUCAACUCUUCUUUACAUAUGGUCUGUGCUGCCCACUGAGGGGAGAGAUAUAACCAUACUCCCUGCCUACACACGGGCGAGAGAGAUGACCAACCCAUUACAUUUGAACACACGAACACCCACAUAUCGGUGAUGGAACCUCAACCACACGCCUUACCUACGACCGACCACGUCAGGAGGCAAUGAUGAAAGAAUGUUCUCCCGUGCCCUUCGCACAUUUAUGGGCAUGAAAUUACACAAAACUGGGAGACCACUCCCGUGUGCCGCACAAUUUGACACAGAUGCAUGCAUAUGCAUACCAAACUCAAUUACUUACCAAAUCAUAUUCCUCGCGUUAAAUGCAUACCAAACUGGAAAUACACGUGUAAAAUGGAUGGAGAUCCACAACCAACAGGGUGCCACACAUAAAACACCCGACUAACUAACAGCCCAACACUUUUCGUCUACACCUUCCCAACAUAACAUAUAUAAGACACACAACACAGCUACCAAACUGUCUUGUUGAGCCUGUUAUCCGCAGGGGAGAUGUCCAUAUAUGCUGUCUGGGAAAUCGUGGACACACAACAGGUAGUUUUCUUUGACGCUAUGAUUCCAUUGCUAAUCUGUCUUUGACUCUUUUCUCUGACGGAAAUGGACUCGUUGUGUUGUAUUUGGAAAAAUAAAAAAAAAAACAUAACUUCCACAACCGUCAGUGUUCUUGGAAGAGGUGCAAGGCAGUAGGCGUCGUACUCGCGGCAUAUAAACCAUGGUCUGUCACAUCCUGAUGCAUGCUUCCACCCUUAGUUUCCCGUAUCGGCAUUGGAAAUCGACAUGCGUACGUUGGACUAUUGGUAGUACCUCCUAUGCUCAUCUUUCAUCAGAAGCUAUGGCCUCGUGAAGAAUCCGAUACAAAGCACAAACAAGGUACCUGAGAGAAUGUGAGGAUAUAUAUCGCGAUUCCCACGCGGUUUUUUCGAAUGAAAAAAAAUAAAUUUCGACACGGGAUCCUCAUGAGUACAACAAAUAAACAGGCGACAAAGCACAAGGUACCUGAGAGAAUGUGAGGAUAUCGCGAUUCCCGCGCGGUUUUUUCAAAUAAAAAAAAACAUAAAUUUCGACACGGGAUCCUCAUGAGUACAACAAAUAAACAGACAGGCCUGCGCCAAUUUGAUUUUUUUCCUUGCCUUUUUUAUGCGGCUUUUUCGUAUAGCAAAUAUUCCCACGAUUAGUCUACUAAUAUCAGCCCAACUCAUGAAAAAAAAAAAUCCAAAUGGCGCAGUAGUAGUGGCUUAUUUGUUUGUUGUACUCAUCAUGCAGAUGCCGUGUCCAAGUUUCAGGUUCGAAUUCGAAAAAACCGCGUGGGAAAUCCGUUCCAACCUUCAAAUCCGCUUCUUGGUGUGUGGGAUUUGAAUGUGUAGGAAAGUACAAACGGUAGUGCGGGCUAAUGCCCAGAGAAGAGUGCAGGAGAUGCAACUCCCCACGGAAGGACACAGGGGACAGGAUCUAGUAGCCCCUGCUUGAGCAGCUGAUCCUGGCCCCAUCCUAGUCAGUCCUCUACCUUCCCUUGGCAACAGCUACUGCAGCUGUGCCACACGAGUUAAUAACAAGUGCGUUCGUCUUCACGGGUCUCCCAGAUUGCACCGCGCGUGCAUAUCCUUUACAAUUUGCGUUGAGGGCAUAAACGUAGAGCGUGCUUUCUGAGGCUUGUUUGUGUUUGGGCGGCUCGCGCCUGCUGCUGCACGCAGCUUUCUGCGCUUUCGUCUACACACAAUUCAGCUUUGCCCCGCUGAUCGGUUUGUCUCAGCUUAGAGUCGACUCCUCGGACUCGGCUUCGGCCAGUCCAGAGCCCUCAGAGUGUUCUCGCUCGCCGGUGUCUCCACUCGGUGCUUCGGCUUGCGGGCCGUCAGCCGACGAUUCCAAAUCGUCGUUGCUGCCGUCUCUUGAUGGCGCGCGCGCUGCUGACCCCAUCAUUGUCUAGAAGCCACCCGUUUGUCAGAGCUUCGCGCUCAACGUUGACGGGAGGAGUUCGCCUCCACGGCUUCUACUGACGCUAACUCCGUGGGUGCUGUCCUCAAAUUGCCUGCACCCACAGCAGAAGCUUCGGUUUCCACCUCUGUCCUUUCGAGUACCCAGCCUUCUGUUUUUACAGCCGCUGGUGGUGUGUCCCAAGUUUUCCCGCCGGAACCACAUGUUGCUGAUUCCACUUUUCUUCUGACCUCGACCGCCGCUGAGCCUUCUGCUGUUCGGGCAGACAUUGGCUUUGACAACGCUGGCUCUGUGGUGCCACGCUUG